CUCAUAUAAAACGCUCUGCGGAGUAUGUGCCGCAGAGCGUUCUAGUUUAGUCGAUGUCUGAUAAAUUGGAAGGCUGAAAGGUAUGGCCUGGUACACUUCUUGAAUAUACUGUUACUGUCCCCGACUGUCAUUUACUUGGAUCUUCACCUAGAACUAUUAAUUUUGGGUGAUUGGACUUUCAGCCAUCGGCUCUCUCUGCCCUUCGAUAAACAGAGACCCCAAGACACACUCAUCGCCAUAUACCCUCAUCUAUUGGCAGAUAGCUCUCAGAAUGUCGUCGUCGGACAUUCAAAUCACACUCCAGCGGCCACUAAACCUGGACAAGUACGACCGCAGCGUGCCAGCUGCUCACCAAGCACACAAUAUCCCCAAGUCCUUCCUCGACUGCAUGGCAGUGAGAGAAGAGGUAUUCGUCAAAGGGCAAAAUAUUCCGCUCCUUCUGGAAGGCGAUUCUGACGAUUGCCGUUCUUAUCACUGGGUUGCCUAUGCAUCUGCCGACGAUGGUACUCGCUUUCGAGUCGGGAAUCUUCGCCUGGUUCCAUUCCCACACGAGGCCCAUCCACUACCUGGAUCAUCCUUCGACCUGCCAGAAAAUGUCACCGGAAACGAGCUGAUAGCGGAGCCGAAGCCAUGGAUUGUUGACAGAGCAACGACUUUCCAUGAUGGAAGGGAAGCUUACGUCAAGCUUGGACGGGUGGCUGUCAUCGAGGAAUAUAGAGGAAAAGGUAUCGCUGGUCAGCUUGUUAGGUCUGCCAUUGCCUGGACCAAGGAGAACCCAACGGCCUUUGACGUAUCUGGAGCCGUAGAUGAAUCCGGCGCGGAAUUGACAGAAGCCAUGACGGCUUGGAAGGGCUUGAUCUGCAUACAUGCACAAGAGUAUGUUGCAAAGAUAUGGGCGAAGUGGGGGUUCAAGGAGGACGAGAAGAUGGGAAGGUGGACAGAAGCUGGGAUUCCUCAUGUUGGCAUGUUCAUGCGUGUCGAUUUGCCAUCGGCACCAUAGGAAUCGUCACAUGAGGGGUGGCCUGCAACGUUCUAACAUGAAAAUAGAUAAGAGUACAUACGAUUAUGGGAAGGUGGCAUCAGGGUG